AUGUGGGAGUUCAAUCCGGAAGGGCCACGGACCCUACAACGGUUCUACGACACAACGCAUAAGGGGAUCUGGAAGCUGCUUUUUAAGAAGCAGAAGUCGUGGCCAAAGUCAUCAGACGACACCGGCCUCGACUGCAACCAUCCGGCCUUCGAGGCACCGGUAAAGAAGGGCAAGAAGAAGAAGAGAGAGGAGGGCACUUUGGACGCAGUGUCCGAAGAAGCUGAUGCCCAGUCCUCUCACCAGGGCGACGACGACGAUGAGGAGGAGGAGGAAGAAGAAGAUCCUCCCGGCAAGGGCAAGAAGAGGGCGACCUCCGAAGACCUGGAGGUCGAAGCAUCCAAGAGGGACAAGAUUACCCUCUCCGACGACUCGGAGUUAGAUGCCGAAGCCGUCCCGAAGCACCGUCGCCGGACCAAGCCCCAAGCCGACUCUGCUUUGUGGAAGUUCAAGAGCUGCAAUAUGCGUGUUUGUACAGAUGGUGCUGCCGCGGUUGAGACCCUCAGGGGUGAGCUUGCCCAAGCCAAGGAGCAAGCGAGGGUAAACAAGGCGGCUGCUGAUAAAGCGGCUGCGGACUUAACGGCCGAACAGGCCGCCCGGUGCCGUUUUGAGGAACGGGUGACCGAGGUGGAGCAGAAGCUCAAGGACACCGCGCGCAAGUGCGAGUCGUUAGAAGAGGAAAAUAAGGCGAAGGGGAUCAAACUCGCCAAGGCCCUUCAAGACGCCCAGGAGGCGCGGUCCGAAUCCCGCGCAUCGCGCGAGGAAAUCCGUCAAGCCGGACAUAUAGCGGCUGGUAAGCCCUUUCUUUUACAGGCUAAAUUUGGGGAUCAAAGGUAUGCCUUACUUAAUCGAGUGUGGAGUUCUCUAGACGCAUAUGCGGAUCUGCCGAAGAGUGCUGCGGACGCCUCCCAAUUCUUCCGGGCCCAGGAGGGGUACACGAUGGAGCUGCACUUCUGGUCACACUUUACGAGGCAGGAGCGUUCCGCACUGCUAAAUGACCAAAUGGCACAAUGGGCGGAGCUGCAUAAGAUGUCCAGCGCAGCCAUGAGGGACGUCAUAGUCCGGUUGUGGCCGACCGAAGCCAUUCCGUACAGCUACUUCGGCCUUGUGCGGCGUCUCGUCGAUGCGCUGCCCCGAAUCGACGCCGUCAAGAGGUGGUCCUGCAUAGAAGGAGCAUGA